AUGUUGUUCUUCAGCUGCCUAAUAAUCCUAUUGCACCUGCAAAAUGCUCUAUCACAGAUCAUUCCGCCAAAUGAACGCUGUGUAACAGCUGUCUACACAGCGUACCACUAUAUUUCUUUCUCGGGGCGACCAAAUAAAGGCCUGUGGGCGCCACGAUGCCGGAAUCGGCUACGCGUGCUAUCAAUCUACGCUGCUUCUGUCGUAUAUUGCUCAGACGCGGAAAGAGAAACAGGUUUCGCACAGCUCGAGGACCAAUGUCGAGAAUAUGCCGGUGUCGACUUAAUUCCUCGAGAGGAGUUUGCCGCGAAUCUGACGCAUGAAGUAAUCGGUCGGAUGCGGGUGGUUGAGUUUGGAGAGCUGCCGAACAAGGAACCUGUUGACACUCCUAUUUUGAUAUCCGAAUCGUACUACAGUCGUGUGUUCAGAACAAUUGAUGCCUGGCAAUUUGAGCUUUGGUCGCAUUAUGCAUUUGGAUACCUGGGAUAUGCGUAUUGGACCGUUGUCAUCGCCGCCGGAGCUCUGCACAAACUGGCUCUCCAUGCGAUUUCCUUAAAGCGAGCGCGGUCGCUACCUUUUUUCCCUUCAUUACUGUUGAUAUAUUACUGGAUACAAACCAGUUUGAUUAUUCCCGCUCCCCUCGCAUCGAGCAGACGCCGGCUUCUUUGGUGGACAUUCCCAGGUCGCAUCCAUGCGAUCGUCGUCUUGCUUUUCUGGAUUUUGAGCAUCGUGCUCUGCCUCAUCGGUUAUCGAACCUUUUCGGACAAUAUCUACUGGCCCGAAAUAUCGGCACAGCUCCUGCGGUAUGUUGCAGACCGCACCGGGAUCCUCUCUUUUGCCAACAUACCUCUAUUAUGGUUAUUCGCAGGUCGGAAUAACAUAUUUCUCUGGGCUACCGGAUGGAGUUAUUCGACUUUCAACAUCUUCCAUCGCCAUGUGGCUUGGAUAGCGACCCUUCAGGCAGUUGUGCAUACAAUUCUGUAUAUUGUUUUGUUCAUUCAAGCGGGAAAUGCGUGGAAGAAGAUGCAGAAGCCUUAUCUCUUAUGGGGCACACUGGCUAUGCUCGCCAUGAUAUUGGUCUUCCCAUUUGCGGUGGACUGGUUUCGACGAAGAGCCUAUGAGACCUUUCUCGUCCUUCAUAUUCUCUUCUCAGUUGUCGCUCUUGUCGGUUGCUUCUAUCACGUCAUCAUAUUUGAGGAUCACGAAUAUUGGUUCUAUCUCUGGCCGGCCGUUGUGAUCUGGAUAUCUGAUCGAGUCUUGCGCCUAAUUCGGGUAGUCUACUGCAACUUGCAUGUCCGACUCGGUUCCCACAGCCGUUUCCAAUGCACAGGAUGCGUUGCAACAUACGACAAGGCUGCUGAUAUCAUUCACUUGGAGCUAACCCCCGGCUCAGGUCUGCAGCCAGCUCCAGGACAAUACUACUUUCUUUACCAACCCUUCCGGCUCACGGGGUGGGAAAGUCACCCGUUCACGCUGGGGUCGUGGUCAUAUAAAGAUGGCGCACCUUCAACUCAAUGCCGUAGUCUAAAACGUGACUCGACCACUGAUGUCUCGGAAAUUCCUCUUCUACCUGACACUCCCAGUUCGGGCUCAGACUAUGGUUCAAUCGAUACUUCAGCCGACCCACCAGAGCGCAAACUCGCACUGCGUUUCUGGAUCCGACCUUAUGACGGAUGGACUCGCCAUCUCCGCGAUCAAUGCCUGCAAUCACCAACUCGGACAAUUCAUCCAAACAUCCUCCUCGAAGGACCGUACGGCGAGCAAUGUCCGCUCUGGAAGUAUGAAUCCGUCCUACUGAUCGCAGGCGGGACCGGGAUCGCCGCCGCGGUACCUUACAUCCAGGAUCACAUCCUCCGCUCUUCAACCGGCCGGACCUCGACGCAGGGCAUCCAUCUCGUCUGGACCGCUCGGCAGCCAGCCCUCAUGCGCGACAUCGCAGGGAGAGAGUUGAAGCAGGCUCUUCGCAGGAAGGACUUCCGUGUCUCGUUUUAUGUUACUUCCGAGUCUACGUCUCAGGAUGAGAUUAUGGAUGGGGUGGAAUAUGCGUGUGGACGACCCGACUUGCAGGCGAUAAUUACAGCUCAUGCGGAAGAAGCGAGACUUAGUAGUUCGUCUGUAUUGGUGUUGGUGUGCGGGCCUUCGGGGAUGGCUGAUCAGGCCCGCGCGGCUGUGCAUCAGGCUAUGCGGCGGGGAUGUCGAUCACUUCGAUAUCUAGAGGAGUCCUUCGAUUGGUGA